CCAUAUCAAAACAGCAUCAUAUCAUUUUGUUUAUCAAAAAAUGGCAGCAGCCGUAGCUGGAGUGAACGUCGCCGCCGUGAAAGUGUUCGCCAGGGCGUCGGAGCAGCCGAAAUCCGUGAGCUUCUGGCAGUUGAACAACCCGUGGAGGCGGAGCGCGUGCGUGCCGUUGAGGAGGAUGUGCGUAGCCGCGGCGCCGGACAAGCUGACCAACAAGGUGGAGGAGAGCAUCAAGGCGGCCGAGGAGGCGUGCGCGGGCGACGCCGUGAGCGGGGAGUGCGCGGCGGCGUGGGACGAGGUGGAGGAGCUGAGCGCGGCGGCCAGCCACGCCAGGGACAAGCAGAAGGACUCCGACCCCUUGGAGACGUACUGCAAGGACAAUCCCGAGACCGACGAGUGCCGCACUUAUGAUAAUUGAUUCUUCUUAUUCAUCGUUGCUGUAAUGCUUUUUCAAGAUUUUUAAGGAUUUUCUAUAUCUAAGGUUGGGUGUUAGUUGUUGCAUUAUGCCACUCAUUAUAUAUACUACUACUAUAUCGCUUGUUGAUUAGAGAAUAUAAUUAGAUACUUAUCAGCAAUCUAGAUUGGUAUGUGUCUUGUACUUUAAAAUUCACCAAUAGUUGUGAGAUCAUUCUUAAAGAGUCUUGAGAGAUAUUCUGGGCCUCAAA